UUUAACAAUUCAGUUACACGAUUUUUCAUCAUUCAGUUGCGGACUACACCUUAUUAUUCGGCAAUCUCGUUCGACAUGAAUGCGUUCAAAGCAUACAAGGCGUGUGUCCCAAUUGCUUAUAGCCCCAAUCUAUACAUUACUCUGGUGAGGGGUAUUCCGGGGACCAGGAAGCAACACAGGCGAACUUUGGAAGCAUUACGUUUGGGCAAAUGCAACCGAACUGUCAUGCGAUGGAACACACCUACUGUUAGGGGAAUGAUCCAACAGGUCAAGAGAUUAGUCGUUGUCGAGACAGAGGAAAUGUACAAAGGCCGCAAACAGAAGGAGGAAAAUCACCGAGCUCUUCGUCCUCCAUUGGUCAUAAACCAUCAACCUCCUCAUGCUGAGGGUAUCUUGUAAAGUUCGAUGUGUUUUUAAUGAUCUCUUCUUCUUACUACUAAAACUUCCAAAUGCCUAAGUUUUGGGCUGUGCCUCACAUGGUUAACUUGCUUUGAAGGCCAUGUUUUAGUUUUGAAUCUAUAAUUUUGAAGCUGUUUCAACUGAUGCAACAAGUUUAGUCAAAUUUAGGCAUCUGUUUGAAAACAGGCUAUCAAUUUCAGUUUGGAAUCAUUAAUUCCAUAAUUUCUUGUUUCUUUAGAGAACAACUUUAACGUAUAGUUGGACUUUGUUA